AUGAGGACAUAUAAAUAUUCCAUCCUUGUUAUUGCUGCUGUUGUUGGGACUGAAGUGAUAUUCAAGUGCCUUAAACAUAUAUAUAAUGUGUUUUACUAUAAAAGUGGUGAUAAAGUGAAACAUCAUGUAACCUCUUGGGAUUCAAAAAAGCAAAGGUCAGUGAAUGAAGUUAUAUUUUUUCCUGACCAGGGUAUAUUAUCAAGUCUCACUGCCAGCAACACAAGCUGUAGAAAACAAAAUUUGAUUGUAAUGGAGGAGAAUUCUGGUAUUCAUCAUCUACAGUCAAGUGAAAAAUGUCACCAGUCAAGAUUCAUAACAAGAUCAUUCUCCCUUAAUGAAAAUGAAGUACCACACUCAGCCUAUCUGAAGAAAAGCAGUUCACUCAUCCACCUUGUUGAUGUGCUUGACUCUGCUAGGUGUUCACUGAAGGUGUGUGUGUAUAUCAUCACCUUACAGGACCUGGUGGAUGCUUUGGUCAGGGCCAAGAAUCGAGGUGUACAUGUAAGAGUGAUAGUAGAAGGACAGAUGCCAAAUGAAGCUGCCCUGGCCACACUAAGGAAGAACAAUAUAUCUGCACGAAUAAGCCAGUCCAGCCAGCUUAUGCAUCACAAGUUUGCUCUUGUGGAUGUACCAAAUCCUUACUGUCCAUCUGUUAUUCCAGGUAAUGCAACACCAACAGAGAUUCAUGAGAAAAGUUGGUUAGGUUGGUUUAGUUCUUACCUUUUUUUCAGAUCAUCAUUUUCUCAAAGUGCAACAGAUGUAGAGAGACCUGAAUCUCUCUUGCUGACAGGCUCCUUUAAUUGGACAUGGACAGCUGUAGUUAACAAUUGUGAGAAUGUGAUAAUAAGUAAUGAUUUGAAUUUAAUUAAUCAUUACAAUGAAGAGUUUGACUUUAUCUGGAAAGCCGUUGAAGUUUCUUCAUAAAUUUUUAAAAAGUUAACUAUGCACACACUGGCAAAAAAUAGGACAUGAGAUGUACUGGAAGUACACAUUUGGAGAGUGAUAUUUACUGAAAUUAUUUCACUAUGUUGUAAAUUGUUAAGCUUUAAGAGUUAGAACCAUGUGAAAAAUUUUAAUAAGUACCAGAACCAUGAGAAAGUCACCUUUAAUAAAUUUUUGGAAAACCCUACCCAAGGAAUUUCAACUUUUUAUGGAUUUCAGUGUGUUUACAACUGAUCUUGAAAAUAUUUUUCCUAAUGGCUGAAAACAGUUGAGAGCAUUUCCAAUUCAAACCUAACAUCAUGAUUAACAGCUAGCAGAAUCUGAUUCACCAAUGAUGCAGUUAACACAAAAAUCUUAUGACCAUUCUUUUGUUUUAAACCUGUGCAAUCAUUAUCAUAUGUCUAGAGGUAAAUGUGUACUAAAUAAAGAACAUAAUAUUUGUCUGUGAACUAUUGGUGAAUUAUAGUAUGUAUGAGAAUAAUGUUGUUGGUACCAAGGCCAUUGGGUAAGGCCACUGACUACCUCCACUCAUCACUGCUUGAUCAAUUUUCAUAUUCUUCCUCUCCUGUCAUUCCACUUAAGAUUAUGGUACAUCCUUAAAUUACACAAAGAGAAGCUAAUGAUUUUGUUCAUAUUGUCACUGUCUCUGCCUUAUUUUUAGUGUCCAGUGCUACAUCUGCAUUUAGCCAGUGGAUAAAACUUGAGCAGUUUGUUUCCUAUUCACUUGAGAUGCUUCUUAAUUUUAUUAUGUACUGAGAUUAGGUUUCUAAUGGAUGUCUUUAAAAGGUGCAGUGUUUCAUGAAUUCUAAUGUGCCACAAGAUAAUUAAUCAGUAGUAAUCAAAAUAUGAUACAAGGAAAAUAACAUUGUAAUUAAUUAUCAUAUACCAUUAUAGGAAGGUAUAUAGUAAUAGUAUAUUAUAUUAGUUUCACCAUAAUGGUAUCUUGUAUUAUUUUCUUACAUUAUUUAGAUGCAAGAACCUCUAACCUUUCUUGGACACAAGCCAAAUAAUCAAGUAUGUUGCAUAACUGGAAAAAAUACAUAGCUGUAUAUAAGAAGAUGAGUGUUGCCUGAUGUAACUGAUCUCUAAUUAUGGUAGAGUUUUUGCUGCUCUAGUGAAGAGUAGAAUUUGUCAUGCUGAGUCAAAGACUAAGGUGAAAUAUUGCUAAUGAUAAGAAUUUAUAGAAAAUAUGAUUCAGUAACACCACAACAAAUGGAUGUUGAAUGGCUCAUAGCUGCAAACAUGUGGGCUAACCACUACCAAAUUAGAUGAUCUGAUUGCCUUAAACAAAGCAGAAUAGUAAAUAAUUGAUGUAUCUAAAUAUGAAAUUGCCAAGCUGAAACAUUCAAAAUGUAUGGUCCCAAUACAUGCAGCACCUUGAGAUAUUAUUUCCCCAGUCAUUCCUGUAAUUUUUUUACACAGCAACAGAAAAAAUAUAUAUUCCUAUUGUGUACA